AUGGACGCGGCGCUUCUCUCCACACCGCCUGUUCCGCUCGUUCCCCAACCGCCGGAACCGCCCGUCAUUAAACUUUUCAAAGCGGUUCUUGCCCGAUUCUCCGAUGGUCCCAACUUUUUCGCCGUCUACUGUAUCCUGUUCCCAAUCUUCGCCGUCGCCUGGCUCAUCACUCUUUUCCGCUUCGUCAACACGUUUUUGGCGCCGAAAAAGUUGAGUCCGAAGGGCUUGAAGAACGCGUGGAUCGCCACAUGCAUCAGCGUCAUCUUUCUGCAUCUGACGGUCGUCUGGACUGCCACAAAAUUGAUGUUUUCUACGGUUUCCGUCACUUUUGAGGUCGGUUGUGCGCAAAAAGUUAACACUCUUCAGAAAUGUGCUUAUAACUUUGGAAUUACACUUUUUUACAAGAAAUGAGCUAUUACAAAGUUGAUCAGCAGAAAAUUUCCUACAUUUUUCAAGUUUACCACUUUUCAAAACAACCACAGAUUUUUGAGAAAAAGUUUGUGGAGUAGCUGAGCGCGCACUUUAGAAAACUUUAAAUAUCUCGAUUCAGGUGCAUCGGUUCAACAAAGUGUCAAUUGCAAAGUUAUAGAGCGUAAAAUUAUCUAUAAAUUUGUUUUUUAACUUUUGAAAAAUCGCCGCAAUUGACCAAGAUACAAAGGAUUAAAGUAAACUGUUUCGCUUGAGUCAAAUAAUAGUUUGCAGUUCGCCGCCCUGAUCAUCAUAUUCAUCUUCUGCCACGUCUACAUCUGCUCAAUGGCGAUCCUCUGGCAAAACGACGAGUACACUCUCGACAUAGAUCAUUACAUUUGUGUGAACCUGAUCGUCCACUCCCUCUUCCUCCUCAUCUCGAUCCUCCACGUCAUUAUUCUCCUUUGCACCGUUUCCGAUUACUUUCUCAUCUUCAUCGUCGUACUUUUGGCCACCGAAUUGGUCUUCGGAAGAUGCACCGCUCACGCAUGCGUCUGUGCGUACCAUCUCGUCAAAAACCGCAAUUUGCUCGUGUGGGAGAACGGAAAAAUGACGGGAAUGCUGUACUUUGUGCGUGGCGAGUGGGCGUUUAUCGACAAGAGCGUCACGGAUUUCGUCGAGUGUCACACCAGAGACUGGUUCUACUAUAGCAGGAAUUCGGGCGGUGCGCUGCCGUGA